GGGCGGCGGCGGCGCCGCGGCCGUCCCUCGCGCCGGCAUGGCGGUGUGCGCUCGCCUCUGCGGCGUGGGCCCGUCGCGGGGAUGCCGGCGACGCCAGCAGCGCCGGGGCCCGGCUGAGACCGCGGCGGCUGACAGCGAGCCGGACACGGACCCCGAGGAGGAGCGCAUCGAGGCGGGCGCGGCGGCGCUGGCCGGGGCGGGGGGCGGCCGGGGCGCGGGCCCCUCGCCGCCCCCGCGCUGCUCCCUGCUGGAGCUGCCGCCGGAGCUGCUGGUGGAGAUCUUCGCCUCGCUGCCCGGCACCGACCUGCCCAGCCUGGCCCAGGUCUGCACCAAGUUCCGGCGCAUCCUGCACACCGACACCAUCUGGAGAAGGCGCUGCCGGGAGGAGUAUGGCGUUUGCGAGAACCUGCGGAAGCUGGACAUCACGGGCGUGUCUUGUAGAGACGUCUAUGCCAAGCGUAUAAACCCUCGCGUCAAGUCGGGACGCUUCAUGAAAAUUCUUCCCGAUUACGAGCACAUGGAGUACAGAGAUGUUUACACCUGCCUGCUCCACCGCUACAGACACAUCCUGGGGCUGUGGCAGCCAGACAUCGGGCCCUACGGAGGACUGCUGAACGUGGUGGUGGACGGCUUGUUCAUCAUUGGCUGGAUGUACCUGCCUCCCCACGACCCUCAUGUGGACGACCCCAUGCGAUUCAAGCCCUUGUUCAGGGUCCACCUGAUGGAGAGAAAGUCUGCCACGGUGGAGUGCAUGUAUGGCCACAGAGGGCCCCACAAUGGCCACAUCCAGAUUGUGAAGAAGGACGAGUUCUCCACCAAGUGCAACCAGACGGACCACCACAGGAUGUCUGGCGGGAGGCAGGAGGAAUUCCGCACGUGGCUGAGGGAAGAAUGGGGGCGGACACUGGAGGACAUUUUCCACGAGCACAUGCAGGAGCUCAUCCUGAUGAAGUUUAUCUACACUAGUCAGUACGACAACUGCCUGACGUACCGCCGCAUCUACCUCCCGCCCAGCCACCCGGACGACCUCAUCAGACCCGGCCUCUUCAAAGGCACCUAUGGCAGCCACGGCCUAGAGAUCGUCAUGCUCAGCUUCCACGGGAAGCGGGCCAGGGGCACGAAGAUCACGGGUGACCCCAACAUCCCUGCUGGGCAGCAGACGGUGGAGAUCGACCUCAUGCACCGCAUCCAGCUGCCCGACGUGGAGAGCCUCCGCAGCUUCAACGAGCUGUCCCGCAUCGUCCUGGAGGUUCGGGAGCAGGUGCGCCAGGAGCAACAGCAGCAGGAGGACGGGGCCGAGGACGGCGAGGGCCGCGCCCCGCAGAGCCCCCGCGAGCCCCAGCGGGGCCCUGCCCAGCCCAGCGUGGAGCUGCCUGCCGAGAAGGGCGGGGGGCCCGUGGACGGAGAGGCCGCGGCCGCAGCGGCGCCUGCACCCGAGCAGCCGGCCCAGUCCGGGCAGGGGCAGCCGUUCGUGUUGCCUGUGGGCGUGAGCUCGCGGAACGAGGACUACCCCCGCACCUGCAGGAUGUGUUUUUACGGCACGGGCCUCAUCGCCGGCCACGGCUUCACCAGCCCUGAGCGCACUCCUGGAGUCUUUAUCCUGUUCGACGAGGACCGCUUCGGGUUCAUCUGGCUGGAGCUGAAAUCCUUCAGCCUGUACAGCAGGGUGCGGGCCACCUUCCGGAACGCAGAGGCGCCGUCCCCACAGGCUUUCGAGGAGAUGCUGAAGAACAUCCAGUCCCUGACCUCCUGACGGGCCACUUCGUGUGGGGCGGCUCCCGGGGCCCCGGACCCUGCCGCCCGGGACAGGAAGCAGCAUGCACUUUGGAGAUUCGGCCUUCUGACCAGAACACCCACCUCGUAGGAGUCUCGGCCCAGCCACCCCAAAACUCUGUACAGAGUGUGCGACGUAUGCCCGUGUCCUCAUCAGUAGCUCAUGGGAAGGCUGACUGAGCUUGUCUCACAGAAAGAAUGACCCAGGACAGAACUGAUGGAGAGGGCUGGCUGCACAGUUUUGUGAACAACUCAGCUGGAGAAACUGGGUUUGUCCUUGGCCUGCUGAACGUUUUUUGGGUCAGGCAAAGCGACCCUGGGGGCUAACGAUCAGGAUCAUGUGUGAGGCGAGUGACCGUGGCUGCGGUCUGGCAAGGGUCUGGGGCGAGGGCCUCUGUGAGGUGAGCGUUCUACAGCCUGGGUGGGGCACAGUGUGUGCAGUGAGGGAGCUCCAGGGGGUCGGGUGUAUCAGGCCAGGACCCUGGACUGAAUUCCUGUGUCUUUACUAACCUGCUUGGAUUUUGGACAGAAGCAUUUCACCUCUGAUGGGCUUGUGAAUCAGCGCAGUGGGGUUAGUGAUAUGGGUCAGUAGGAAACGUCAUGGUGGGCCUUUGGGCAGCUUGGAGGCCCUGGCCUCUCUCCAGCUUUAGAAUCAAGACCUUUGCUGCAGCCAAUUCGAGGCAGGGCAUUUGUUUGCACACCCCCCCAUCCACCUCCUGCACAUGCUCUGGUGUCAGAACCCUGAGCUGAGCCACUUGUCCCAGAACCUUCUUCAGAAUUCUGCAGGGCCACAUCUGAACCAGCCCUGCCUUUUCCCAUUUGCUUAGUAUACACAGGUGCUGUUCUCGGAAGUGUUAAAGCAGCAGAGUGGUUGCACAAGAUGACUUUGGAGCCCCUUUGUGGGUAACAGGGCAGCUUUCUAGAAAAGUCACCCCAUACAUGUGGAAUGCACUUUGGAGACCAGGGCAUCUCGGGCUCCUCCAGUGUGGAGACCCUGAGCACGGACGCUUCUGCCGGUGGUGUGCCCGUGUCCCAUGGACACCUGCGUUUGGGGACCCACUGUUGUAAGGUCUCUGCUGAUCUUAGUGUCUCCUGAAGAACAGAGCCCUGAAUGCACGUAGACCCCCAAGAAUUAGCUCCUGCUCCGCUUCCAGCCUGCAGAGAGCUGUCACCAUGCUCCCCUUCCAUGGCAGGCGCUCCACCAGGGCGGGGGGCAGACUUCGUCCCCCUGUCUGUGGCUCGUCCCUGCUGGGUGGACUGUGCUGAGCCCUUGUGCUGGGGGCAAGGGACCCCAGGGAAGGGGGCAGCUUUGUGGUGCCUUCAUGUAGAGACCAACCUGAGAUGUCCCAUGAAACAUGUCCUGUUUUCCUGACGAAUUUCUCCCUGACUGGCCUUGUUUUUUUUUUUUUUAAAUAAAAAUCCCUAUUGCUGUAGCUUCAGUACAUUUGGCAACUUUGAACUUCCUUUGCUUCCCAGAAUCAUAGAAUUGAUAAGCUCUGGGGCACGGCCCCUAAAAGGCAGACUUUCUAGGAGGUUCUGUCCAGACUCUGAUGCGGGAAGGAGGCAAGUGGAGAAGGCGGGGUGGCGGGGGGGGGGUGGUGGUCCCUCCUGGCUGUCUGUCGGAGAUGCCGAGCUCGCCCCUCACAUGCUUCUGGUAGGACCUGGAGUCAGGCUGAGGCGUGGUCUGUGUUCGUGUUUUCCGCAGGACCAAGCAAGCCUCCAAGCGUUCCCAUCCCUGCCCCUUGUGGCUGCUCCCGCAUGGCAGUAACCAUGUCCGUGAAGCCUCGGGCAGGACGAGGCAAGGCCCGCUGGGUGUGUGGCCGCUGUGUGUCCCACUUUGCCCGAGCCUGGGGCUCGCUCGGAGGCUCAUUCUGAGGCUUUUCCACCUGGGCCUCCCCUCAUCCUUGAAACCUAUUUGGAUCGAAGAUGAACCUUUCUGUUGAAAAACCAGUCUCAAACCCAGACUGUGGGACUUGCCUCUGGAGCGUGGGCCUUUUGACGUGGUUUCCACUGGCAGUGGCUGUUGGCUGCAUUCGCACCGUCCCGUCUCUGGUGUCAGACGGGGGCCUGUGGGGCCGAAGGGUGGGCAGCGGCCUGGGUAAUGCCAGGCGGGGUCCGUGGCGGUGGAUGGUGAGAGUGUGUCACCUGCGCAGCCGGGGGCCCAGACUACGUGUUGUUUCCCACUUGGCGUAUCCGUGGCUGGUUCUGGUUUCCAGUUUGUAGGUGAGUGUGCAGGGUCCGUGCAAACCAGUCCCAGCAGGCGCCCCUUCCGGCAGAGUGCGCACCCCACUUGUCAGGGCGGCUUCCAGCCCGUUAAUUUGUUGCAGGUGAGGAUUCAACAAGGCUGAAGUUGUGGUUGGAAGCCUAAAGGCAGCUGGGGUUUUGAUAAAGCAGGUCCCAAAAAGGAACCUGAAUGGCCCAAUUUAGGGGCUGUCUACGCCCUUGUGGAGCUUGACUGGGGGAAGGUGGCAGGUGGAUCCGGGUUGGUCUUUGGACGUUUUCCGCCGGUUGAUGUCACCUUUACUCACCACCGAGCUGCCGUGACACCGGGGACGUCUGUUGUGCUUUAUGGUGGCAGGAGCCUCAGGUGUGUCUGUGCACACCUGGGCAUGUGCUGUUCUGGACUUGACCCGGAAGCACGUGAUUGGAGGUUUCAGAUGUGAGUCUUUGGGUUCCUCUGUGUUGGGGCUGAAGGUUCCCUGCAUAAGGCUGCUGCAAAUGGCCUUGAUUUCUUCCCUGUGCGAAUCGGGCCUGGCGGUCUCUCUGGUUACGCUGGCCCACCCAGCUUAGACUUGCAGUGUCUGCCGCUGGGGAGCAGGUUUGGAGGCCUUGUGUGUGAGGCGGGAGUUCCAGAAUCCUCCCUCCCACGGUCCAGACGGGGCCUCGCUUCCUGGCCUCACCCCUCAGUCCCUCUGUCUGGGCAGCUGGCUCCCUGUGGCUGUUGCUCAGGGUCACAGCCACCCGCCGCUCCCUCCUUCCCUCCCUCCCCUCUUGUCCUGAUCCAGGCGGCUUGGGUGGGUGCCUGUACCCCCGGCGUUCCUUCUGGCCAAGGCGGAGGGCGGGAGGGCUGCCACGGUGGCCUACGGUUAGGAGCAGGCCGGGCCUGCGUUCCCACUUCAUAUGGAACAGACUUCGAGCCGGAGCCGCCAUGGCAGACUUCCUCUUUCCCUGAGAACCUGGCGUGGUUUACUGCUGGGGCCCAGUCGGGCAAGGCCCCUCCGUCAGCCAGCUGAUCCUCUGUGCUCGACGGUUGCCAUGUUCGGGGCUGGAUUUCUAUCUGUGGGCUGUCCGGGUGUCUCGCCCUGCUGAGGUGUAGUCACCUUGUAGUGCUCGUGAGCGGUGAUGCAGAAGAACCUGUCCAGUCCCUUUACUUGGCAACUCAGUCACAGGAUUCCUGGGAUUUCUGAGCCCCUCGUGCCCACGGUGUCUGCUGUGUUGAGGACGAGCGCCCCGUGUAGACUCAGUGCUUUGAGGAGGCUGUCCUGCAGUGUGAGAACCUUUCACCCCGUCUUCUGCCUUCGUGCUCCAAGUGCUAGGAAUGCUUAUGGGAAUGUUCUCGUGCAGCCCUCCCUGGCUUGAGGCUAGCGUGCCCCAGUCCGUGGCCAAUCCCAGUGCUAACAUACGCUGACGUCCCUGUCUUUAUGUUUGGGAGAUCUGGAAUGUCACCUGGCUACACGUUCUCAGAAGCGUUGAGUGAGUAGAGAAAGCCAUGACGCUGUUGGUUUGCCCGAAGCUGUGCACAGGGACGAGACGGUGCCAAAGUACCGAGUGCUCGGGGGCGUGGGCGACCAGCGGCAGCACCGAGGCUUGGUCCUUUGUGUGCUCACAGGGAGACCAACCAAACCUAGGAAGGGCUCCGAGCCCGUGCUUUUUUAGUCUGAUUUUACUUUUGGUUGUUAUUUGAGAUCACAUAGCCUACUUGGAGAAGAAGCACAUUUAUGCUGCUUGAUCUUGAAGUCCCACGCCCUGACAGCCACCGGUGAGGUGUGGGGAGUCGCUGUCCCCCCCAGGCAUCUGCUCUGGUGUAGGGUGGGCUGGAGCAGGGGCCAUGCAGGGCCAUGCCCCGAGGAGCCACUGCUGUGAGCCUGCGCCCAGCGUUGUCACCGGAUGGGACCUUGUGGGGCUGUUUCUCCAUAAACCAGUUUUUGAAACCUU